CGGCCUACACAAAUUGACAAAUUUCAUUUACCCAAUAAAAAUAGAGUAGACGUAUUUUGAUAACCACCGAACUCGCAAGUUUCGUAUUCGGUGAAAUAACGUUUUGAAAUCAGAAAAUCAGUACAAACGAAAAAAUAAUUAGAAAUGUCGGCUGUUACUAAAGGUGUUUAUAUUGUAGCUGCAAAACGUACUGCAUUCGGUACAUUCGGAGGAGCGUUUAAAAACAUUAAUCAGACACAAUUGCAGACAGCUGCUGCCAAGGCUGCUAUUGCUGCCUCUGGUGUGAGCGCUGACAAAAUUGAUACAGUUGUUAUCGGCCAUAUUAUGACGUCAUCUUCCACCGAUGGUACAUUCUUGCCUCGUCAUGUCAGUCUGUCUUGCGGCGUCCCCAUUGAAAAGCCUGCUCUCGGUGUCAAUCGGCUCUGCGGUUCUGGUUUUCAAUCGAUUGUGAACGGAGCUCAGGAUAUUAUUAUGGGAAGUGCUAAGGUCGCACUUACUGGUGGCGUGGAAAAUAUGUCACAAGCUCCGUUUAUUGCACGUAACAUUCGUUUCGGAACUACCCUUGGAGCCAACUACAAUUUGGAAGACGCCCUAUGGUCUGGUCUUACCGACACUUACUGCAAAUUGCCAAUGGCUUUAACUGCAGAGAAUUUGGCGGACCAAUAUAAAAUUUCAAGGGAGCGCGUUGAUGAAUUCUCUUUGCGUUCGCAGAAAAAUUGGGAAAAGGCACAAAAAGAGGGUGCUUUUAAUGCUGAAAUUACACCUUUCAAAUUGAAGGUGAAGGGAAAGGAAGUCGAUUUCGCUGUCGAUGAACAUCCCAGACCUCAAACCACAUUGGAAGGACUAUCCAAGUUGCCAUCUUUGUUCAAGAAAAACGGUGUUGUCACAGCUGGAACAGCUUCUGGAAUCUGUGAUGGUGCUUCAGCAGUAGUAUUGGCUUCCGAAGAAGCUCUUAAGGAAUAUAACUUGAAACCUUUAGCCCGUUUAGUUGCUUAUUCUUAUGUUGGAUGUCCACCAGAGAUAAUGGGUAUUGGUCCAGUUUCAGCCAUCAAUAACGUUUUGAAAUUGACAGGCAAAAAAUUGGACGACAUCGACCUUGUUGAAAUCAACGAAGCUUUUGCCGCCCAGACCUUGGCUUGUGCUGAUGCUCUUGGUUUAGAUAUAAAUAAAUUGAAUGUUAACGGCGGUGCCAUUGCAUUGGGCCAUCCCUUGGGUGCCAGUGGUAAUCGUAUUAUUGGUCACUUGACCCAUGAAAUGCAACGCAAAAAACUUAAAUAUUCGAUCGGAUCUGCAUGUAUUGGAGGCGGCCAAGGAAUUGCUUUGUUGAUUGAGUCUUGUUAAAAGAAGAAAAAAAAAAAAAAAAAACCAGAAACAAAAACCAGUUCAUUUUUGCAUUUAUCUUAAUGUUAGAAAUACGAAAUCCAUUUAAGACUAAGCUAUAAGCACGUACAUACAUAACUGAUUGUUGCAAUAUUUAAUAGAAUAUAUUUUAAUUUUUAUCAGUCUGCACUUUUAAAUAA